GAAUCUGAUGCGCAGAAAGCACUUGGUGGAAAGAGCAAAACAUGACUCUGUUCACGUACUGCAGACUGUUUCAUUUAUUGAAAGUAAAAGGCACUAAAGCUUCAGUAUUCCAAAAUGUAACCGAGAUAAAACACGGAACUGGUUACUAUGUGCAUCUAAAACGAUGCCAGGGGUCUGUGGACAAUAAAGGACUCCAGGAUAGGCAGAAGCGUCAAAUGGUGAGGGGUCUUCCUAAGCAGAAGCCCAUCACAGGUGUUAAACAGGUGAUUGUUGUUGCUUCAGGGAAAGGCGGCGUUGGCAAGUCUACAACAGCAGUGAACUUGGCUCUUGGAUUAAUGGCCAUUGAUCAGUCUAAGUCAGUUGGUCUGUUGGAUGCUGAUGUCUAUGGCCCAUCCAUUCCCAAACUGAUGAACCUAAAAGGUCACCCGGAGCUCAGUGAUGAUAAUCGAAUGAUUCCUCUUAUCAACUAUGGUGUCCCAUGCAUGUCAAUGGGCUUCCUGGUGGAGGAUGCAUCUCCGAUAGUGUGGAGAGGACUGAUGGUAAUGUCUGCUAUAGAGCGGUUGCUCAGACAGGUAGAAUGGGGUUCUUUGGACUACUUGGUGGUAGACAUGCCUCCUGGGACAGGAGACGUCCAGCUGUCCAUUACUCAGAACAUUCCGAUAGCAGGUGCAGUCAUGGUUUCAACACCGCAAGAUGUUGCUUUGCUGGAUGCUCGCAGAGGAGCCGAGAUGUUUAAAAAAGUUAACGUGCCGGUUCUAGGUCUGGUUCAGAACAUGAGUGUCUUCCAGUGUCCCAACUGUCACCAUCAGACCCACAUCUUUGGCUCCAAUGGGGCACGGCAACUUGCAGAGACGAUCAGAGUCCGGUUUUUGGGUGACAUCCCUCUUCACAUAAACAUCAGAGAGAUGUCAGACAAAGGACAGCCCAUUGUAAUUUCUUCUCCUGACAGCUCAGAGAAACGGGAAAUUUACUUGUAAACAUGCUGUAGAAUAUUCCAAAAAUAACAGUAUAGGUCUGUUCAUAAACACCAAAAAACAGGUAUUUCCAAAAUUAUCUACUAAAUAUUUGUUUUUGGUUUGAGAGGAACAGUUAUGUAUAUUAAGGGGUUUUUUUUUCUCUUUUGUUUCUGUACAUCCAGGCUGAGGCUUACAGGAAGGUGGCAUCUGCAGUGAUCCGGAGCCUAAACGAACUUAACAUGAUUUAACAACUUCAACAAGAAAUGAUGCAAACAAUUUCUUCUCUCUCUCUCUCUCUCUCUCUCUCUCCCCCCAUCUCUCUUUCUCAAAACUUACAUAAUUAUUUGCCACAACUAUAGUUUUGACCACAUUAAAUCAGAGAAUGUAUUUUUUUUUGUGCACCUGUUUUCUUUUGAUUAAAUAAAAUUUGUAUCUAUAAAACUUAGAAUUUUUAGAAAAAGCAGAGAAAUUGUAAAACUGCAAAUACAUAAUGGAAUAAAAUCUUAAAAGUUGAUUUAA